AUGGAGAAGAAAACCCCACACUUGCCUUCCACCAGUGAGCAGAUCCUGGAGAGGUCUACGAAAGGAGCCACGUUCCUCAUGAUGGGCCAGCUGUUUACCAAGAUGGUGACUUUCGUACUGAACAACUUGUUGAUUAGGUUUCUGUCGCCAAGAAUUUUCGGCAUCACUGCCUUUUUGGAGUUCAUACAAGGAACAGUACUGUUUUUCAGUAGAGAUGCCAUUCGUUUGUCCACGUUGAGGAUCUCAGAUUCUGGUAACGGUAUAGUCGAUGACGACAGCGAGGACUACCAGGAGACGCACUAUAAGUCCAAGGUGUUGCAGACUGCGGUCAACUUUGCUCACAUUCCGCUUUGGAUCGGGUUCCCGCUGUCCAUUGGUCUUACCGCAUGGCAGUAUAGAAACAUCAAUGCGUAUUUCAUCACGCUACCAUUUUUCACGUGGUCGAUCUUUCUUAUUUGGCUCAGCAUUAUUGUYGAACUGCUGAGCGAGCCAUUCUUUAUCGUCAACCAGUUUAUGUUGAAUUAUGCCGCGAGAUCGAGAUUCGAAAGCAUUGCGGUGACCACCGGGUGUAUUGUCAAUUUUAUAGUUGUUUACGCUGUUCAGCAGUCUCGCUACCCGAUGGGAAUUGUCACUGCAGAUAGUGACAAGGAAGGUAUCGCUAUACUGGCGUUUGCAUUGGGAAAAGUGACUCAUUCGAUCACUUUAUUAGGGUGUUACUACUGGGACUAUCACAAGAAUUUCAAACCAAAGAAAUUGUUCAGCACUAAAUUGACGAAGAUAAAAUCAUCUGAGAGUAACGAAAUAAAGAAAAAUUACUCGAAAAACUCAUCUUAUUUCUUCCAAAAUGAUAUCUUGGAGCAUUUUAAAAAAGUAUAUUUCCAACUAUGUUUCAAGCAUUUGUUGACAGAAGGUGAUAAGCUGAUUAUCAACUCCUUAUGUACUGUGGAAGAGCAAGGUAUCUAUGCUUUACUGUCCAACUACGGGUCGCUACUGACACGGUUAUUAUUCGCACCCAUCGAAGAAUCCCUGCGAUUGUUUCUGGCUCGUCUGCUGUCAUCUCAUAACCAAAAGAAUUUGAAACUAGCCAUUGAAGUCUUGGUCAAUUUGACUAGGUUUUACAUCUACCUAUCGUUAAUGAUCAUCGUAUUUGGGCCUGUCAACUCGUCCUUUUUGUUGCAGUUCUUGAUUGGCUCUAAAUGGUCCACUACUUCCGUCUUGGACACCAUAAGAGUUUACUGUUUCUAUAUCCCAUUCUUAUCCCUCAAUGGUAUUUUUGAAGCAUUCUUUCAAAGUGUGGCUACGGGUGACCAAAUCUUGAAGCAUUCAUACUUUAUGAUGGCGUUUUCUGGUAUCUUCUUGCUCAAUUCCUGGGCUCUUAUUGAAAAGCUCAAACUCUCCAUCGAAGGGUUAAUUGUCAGUAAUAUCAUCAACAUGAUUUUGAGAAUUUUGUAUUGUGGGGUUUUUCUUAACAAAUUCCACAGGGAAUUAUUUACGGAUUCUUCUUUUUUUUUCAAUUUUAAGGAUUUCAAAACAGUCAUAGUUGCAGGUUUGACAGUUUGCCUAGUCGAUUGGUGGUUUAUAGGGUACGUUAAAAAUUUGCAGCAGUUUUUUGUCAAUGUUUUAUUUGCUUUGGGAUUACUAGCACUAAUCAUGGUCAAAGAACGUCAAACUAUACAAUCGCUCAUUAACAAAAGGGCGAUGUCUGGUUCUAAAGAUGUAUAG